GGAGCCGGGGCGCAACCCACGCCCGGCCCCGCGACUGACAUGAUGUUUCCGCAAAGCCGGCACUCGGGCUCCUCCCACCUCCCCCAGCAGCUCAAGUUCACCACCUCCGACUCCUGCGACCGCGUCAAAGACGAGUUCCAGCUGCUGCAAGCUCAGUACCACAGCCUCAGGCUGGAGUGCGACAAGCUGGUCAGCGAGAAAUCAGAGAUGCAACGGUAUUACGUCAUGUACUACGAGAUGUCCUAUGGACCGAACAUGGAGAUGCACAAACAGGCUGAAAUCGUGAAGAGGGUGAAUGGGAUCUGUGCCCAGGUCCUGCCCUAUUUAUCACAGGAGCAUCAGCAGCAGGUCCUGGGAGCCAUCGAGAGAGCCAAGCAGGUCUCGGCUCCCGAGCUGAACUCCAUCAUCCAACAGCAGCUCCAGGCUCACCAGCUGUCCCAGCUGCAGGCGCUGGCCCUGCCCCUGACGCAGCUGCCCGUGGGGCUCCAGCAGCCUUUGCUCCCUGCAGUCAGCGCGGGCACCGGCCUCCUGUCACUUUCCGCGCUGGGCUCUCAAACCCACCUCUCUAAGGAGGACAAGAACGGACACGAUGGGGACACCCACCAGGAGGAUGAUGGCGAGAAGUCAGAUUAGCUCCUGGGGA